GAAGAGUGCUCUGUUUGUGCACGCACACCUUUACGUUUGCGACUAAAAAAAAAAAAAAAAUGUAACUUAAAAAACCAACAACUUGUAACCGAAAGCAUUCUACCUAUUCAACGAUACAACGAAUUUGCCACCCAUGUUUUGAUCAGCGUGGAAUUCAUAUACUAGCGUUGUAAACAGAUACCUUAGUUGUGCCCAGAGAACUGAGUUGUGCCCUUCCAACUAAGCUGUGCCCGGAUGGCUAAGCUGUGCCCAUAUAGCUGAAUUAUUGUGCCUAUAUAGCUGAAUUGUGCUCUCGAGUUAUAAACAGGUAAAUGGGGUGUAUCCAGAUAUCUGUAGUGUGCUCCUCAUUUCUGCUGAAAAUCACAGUUCCUUGUUUGGGGGUACUUUGCACUGGUUUCAACCUCUAGUGUGUACAUUGUAUCCAAGUGAAAGUGUAUUUAUUUAUUGGCAAUGAUCAUGAAUAACAUUAUUUGCACAACUAAUCAAUGUCACAUAUUACUACCAGUCAGAACCGCGGUUGCAUUUACUCCGUAAAUAGUUGAACUUUCUUCUUUGGUACAAUACAACCUAUCCGUCAGUGACCAGUAACUUGUGGAGCGACUAUUCACAAGCAGAGUUGGUGGCUUGAAUGCGCAACACACAACACGAAUUUCGACGGUGCAGUUAACGCCAACAGGACAUCUGUGUUACUUUCAAACGGUCAUCACCGGUCAAGAUGAAGCUGUGGGCGUGGUCAGUUGUCCUCAUUUGCUGCUGUGAGCGAAUUUCAGGCGAUACUCGACAGGAGUACAUGCAGGCGGCCCAGGAAGAACUGAAGGCUGCUCUUAACCUGGAGAUGAACACCCACACUGCGAAGAACGUCAUCCUCUUCAUCGGGGAUGGCAUGGGCAUGUCAACCGUCACCGCCGCCAGAAUAUACAAGGGGCAGAUGUUUGCCACGAAAGGCAAGGAGAAAGAUGACGUGAAAGAAAAGCUACACUUUGAAAAGUUUCCCUAUGUUGGGCUACAAAAGACCUACAACAACGACAGGCAAGUGACGGCAUCGGCGUCGGCAGCCACGGCGCUGAUGAGUGGGAUUAAGAUUAACUAUGGCACCGUGGGCGUCGACAGCAGCGUCCAGCGUAAAGACUGCCUCACUCAGCAGUCCGGCGCCGUGGACGUCAACUCCAUUCUGAAGCAGUCCAAAGAUGAAGGUUCGUUUUCAGGCGCGAAUUUGGGGGUGAUUCUAGGAGGAGGGCGGCGUUCAUUCCUACUUAAUAAUCAAACUGACCCCCAGACUAAUUCAAUCAACAGUAACCAAAGAUCAGAUGGGCGUGAUCUCAUUCAGGAAUGGAAGGACAACAAAAAAGCCAUCGGAAAAUCCUACCGGUAUGUUUGGAAGAAAGUUGACUUUGACGACGUUAGAGCAUCAGAUACAGACUAUCUGCUAGGUUUGUUUAGUCCUAGCCACAUGAAGUACGACAUUGACCGGGGCGUCAGCAGCGAGCCUUCCAUUAGUGAUAUGACCAAGAAGGCGAUCCAAAUACUCAGCAAGAAUCCAAAGGGCUUCUUCCUCAUGGUGGAAGGCGCCCGCAUUGACCACGCGCAUCACGACAACUACGCAAAGAGGGCGCUGCAUGACGUCAUCGCUAUGGAUGACGCAGUGAAGGUCGCCAUGGACGUGACGAAAGAAUCAGAAACUUUGAUCGUAGUGACAGCCGAUCACUCCCACGCUUUCAGUAUCGCUGGCUAUCCCAGCAGGGGAAACAAUAUAUUAGGUGUCGUUGACAUCAUGCCAGCAGACGAGGCUCCCUACGACGGCGGUAAAUACACGACGCUGGUGUAUGGGAACGGCCCCGCCAACUACUCGAGGCAGGAUUUUUCAAAAGUUGACACAACGGACGUCGACUACCAGCAGACUGUGGCCGUAGGGAUGCCGUGGGAGACGCACGGCGGCGAGGACGUCGCCAUCUACGCACGUGGUCCGCUGUCGCACCUGUUUCACGGCGUGCACGAAAGCAACUACGUAUACCACGUCAUGGCCUACGCCUCAUGUGUCGGCGCUAACAAGGACCACUGCAACAAACCCGUCUACCCGCCGUGUCCACUGAACACAGCGUCAGCAACAACGUCCACCGUCGUCGUGUUCUUUAUUUCGUUUUUCUACACGCUGCUAUGCAGCUCACAGUAGACCAACUGUGGAAAUCUAUUCUGAAAUAAUAAGCAAGGCCGUUUUAACAGUUUCCAAUUAUUCUUAUCGUUUCUUUUCUUUUGAUUCGAACUGUCGCAAACUGUUAAUCAAUCACAUUAUACACAGUGUUAGAAGUUUAACUUGCCCAAACAUAGUCAAUAGAGUGUAUACCAGUAACUCAAAUUGCGUAUGUAAGACAAAAUGCAUUGCUAUGGUUAUGUUUAAAGGACACUGGUGUUGUUGCGGGUUUUAUAAAAAUAAAAAAAAGUUUUUAUUAUUUUUCAUAAAACAAAAUAUCGUUUUAGAUAUCGAUUUGGAUAUCGUUUUAGAAUUAAAUAUACUUCGAACUCUA